AUGAGGCUCUCCUCGUCGUUCGGCAGCGUCCUUCCGGCUCUGCCGGGCUCGCCGGAAGCUGUGGAGGAGCACAAGUGCCUGAACUCAGAGCUGUGGCAUGCCUGUGCCGGCCCGCUUGUUUCCUUGCCCGCAGUGGGUAGCCCGGUUGUGUACUUCCCUCAGGGCCACAGCGAGCAGGCUGAUGCAGAGACAGAUGAGGUAUAUGCACAGAUGACAUUGCAACCACUCAACCCGCAAGAACUGAAGGACCUAUAUUUACAUGCAGAAUUAGGUUCGGCCAAUAAACAGCCAACAAAAUAUUUCUGCAAAACAUUAACAGCAAGUGACACAAGAAACAUUAGUUGUGGGUUCUCUGUUCCCUGUCGAGCAGCUAGGAAAGUGUUUCCUCCACUGGAUUUCACCCAGCAACCUCCAUGCCAGGAGUUGAUGGCAAAAGAUCUUCAUGGCAAUGACAAUGAGUGGAAAUUCCGUCACAUCUUUCGUGGGCUAUUGCAUAACCUUCUAAAUACCAUCCUUAAUGCAGGUCAGCCAAAGCGGCAUCUUCUAACUACAGGUUUGUCUUUGAAUGACAAUAACCAGCUUCUGCUGGGAAUUCGUUGGGCAAAUCGGCCACAAACUGUCAUGCCGUCUUCUGUCUUAUGCAUGCAUACCGGUCUUCUUGCUGCAGCUGCUCAUGCUGCUUCGACAAAUAGCUGGUUUACAAUUUUCUACAACCCAAGGGCAAGCCCUUCAGAGUUUGUCAUACCGCUUGCAAAAUACAUGGGGACAAUUACGGGAAUCGGUGAUCUUGAUUCUGUUCGGUGGCCAAAUUCACACUGGCGUUCUGUUAAGGUUGUCUGGGAUGACUCAACUGCUGGUGAGAGACAGCCAAGGGUGUCACAAUGGGAGAUUGAGCCCCUGACAACUUUCCCAAUGUAUCCAUCUCCUUCUCCGCUCAGGCUCAAGCGUCUACGGCCAACAGGCUUGCCUUCUCUGCAUGAUACCGCAAACCCUGGUCUUCAGUCGUUAAAUUUUGGUGGAUUUGGUAUGAACCCUUGGAUGCAGCCAAGGCUGGAUGCUUCAUUACUUGGUCUGCAACCUGACAUGUAUCAGGCGAUGGCCACAGCUGCUUUCCAGGAUCCAACGAAGCAGGCAUUACCCACAAUGCUGCAGUUCCAGCAGCAACAGAACAUAGUUGGUCGGGCCACGCCACUUCUUUCAAGUCAGAUUCAGGGUCAAUCUGAGUUCCUCAAACAGCAGAUCCAACGCAGCCAGUCAUUCAAUGAGCAGAAGCCCCAGCUGCAACCUCAGCAAGAACAACAAGAAUCACAGCAGCAGCAGCAAUCACAGUGUCUGCAAGUUCCUCAACAUCCACAAAUGCAACAACAGAACAUGACCAACUACCAGUCUCCCCAUGUUUCGUCCCAAAUGGACCAAUUGGACUCUACACCAGCUAGUAUACCUCAUAGCUCUGCGUUGGCACCACUUCCUAGAAGAGGAUGCUUGGUGGAUCAAGAUGUGAACUCUGAUCCUCAAAAUCAUCUCUUGUUUGGUGUUAGUAUAGAUUCACAGUCACUGCUAAUGCAAGGAGGCAUCCCCGGUCUCCAAAAUGGGAAUGAUUCAACUGCUAUACCUUAUUCCACCUCCAAUUUCCUGAGCCCUUCACAGAAUGAUUUUCCUUUGGAUCAUACUCUAAAUUCUUCAGGCUGCUUAGAUGAUUCUGGGUAUGUGCCACCAUGUUCAGAUAAUUCUGACCAAGUGAACAGACCACCAGCGACCUUCGUGAAGGUUUACAAAUCUGGAACCUACGGAAGGUCGCUUGAUAUCACUAGGUUUAAUAACUAUCAUGAGCUCCGUUGGGAACUAGGGCGCCUAUUUGGCCUUGAGGGCCAGUUGGAAGACCCUUUGAGACCAGGCUGGCAACUUGUAUUCGUCCACCGCGAGGAGGAUGUCCUUCUCAUGGACGAUGAUCCUUGGCAGUAA